CCGGGGAUGAGGCGGGGCGAGCUCGGAGUGCGCUUGCGCACUGCCUGCUCUCGCCCGAGGAGCCGCAGUCUCGAGAGCGCCAAGGCGGUGUUUCGGUAGUCGCUGGCAAACCUCUCCCGCGAACCCGGCCCCGUUGGACUGCGCCCAGGGCGGGGACCUCCGCCGGGCACAGGAGGGAGCCACGAUGCCGAUCAAUAAAUCAGAGAAGCCUGAAAGCUGUGAUAAUGUGAAGGUGGUUGUUAGGUGCCGGCCCCUCAACGAGAGAGAGAAAUCAAUGUGCUAUAAACAGGCUGUCAGUGUGGAUGAGAUGAGGGGAACUAUUACUGUACAUAAGACUGAUUCUUCCAACGAACCUCCAAAGACAUUUACUUUUGAUACUGUUUUUGGACCAGAGAGUAAACAACUUGAUGUUUAUAACUUAACUGCCAGACCUAUUAUUGAUUCUGUUCUUGAAGGCUACAAUGGGACUAUUUUUGCAUAUGGACAAACUGGAACAGGCAAAACUUUUACCAUGGAAGGUGUUCGAGCGGUUCCUGAACUUAGAGGAAUCAUUCCAAAUUCAUUUGCUCACAUAUUUGGUCAUAUUGCAAAAGCAGAGGGUGAUACAAGAUUUUUGGUUCGAGUGUCUUACUUGGAAAUAUAUAAUGAAGAAGUCCGUGACCUUUUGGGCAAGGAUCAGACACAGAGGUUAGAGGUUAAAGAAAGACCUGAUGUGGGAGUUUAUAUCAAAGAUUUAUCAGCUUACGUGGUAAAUAAUGCUGAUGAUAUGGAUAGAAUUAUGACACUAGGCCACAAAAAUCGUUCUGUUGGUGCAACUAAUAUGAAUGAACAUAGUUCCCGUUCCCAUGCCAUCUUUACAAUUACUAUAGAAUGCAGUGAAAAAGGCGUUGAUGGUAACAUGCAUGUCAGAAUGGGGAAGCUCCAUCUUGUAGAUCUUGCUGGUUCAGAAAGACAAGCAAAAACUGGAGCUACUGGACAGCGUCUAAAGGAAGCCACAAAAAUCAAUCUUUCGCUUUCCACCCUUGGUAAUGUAAUUUCUGCCUUGGUUGACGGAAAAAGCACUCAUGUUCCUUAUCGCAACUCUAAACUGACUCGUCUUCUUCAGGAUUCCUUAGGAGGAAAUUCAAAAACCAUGAUGUGUGCAAAUAUUGGGCCAGCAGAUUACAAUUAUGAUGAAACUAUCAGUACAUUACGGUAUGCUAACCGUGCUAAGAAUAUUAAAAAUAAAGCUAGAAUUAAUGAAGACCCAAAGGAUGCUUUGCUUCGCCAGUUUCAGAAAGAAAUAGAGGAACUGAAAAAAAAGCUUGAAGAAGGGGAAGAGAUAUCAGGCUCCGAUAUCAGUGGAUCGGAGGAGGAGGAUGAUGAAGAGGGCGAAGUUGGAGAAGAUGGAGAGAAAAGGAAAAAAAGAAGGGAUCAAGCAGGUAAAAAGAAAGUAUCCCCAGAUAAGAUGGUUGAAAUGCAAGCAAAAAUUGAUGAGGAGAGAAAAGCACUUGAAACAAAGCUUGAUAUGGAAGAAGAAGAAAGAAACAAGGCUAGAGCUGAAUUAGAGAAACGGGAGAAAGAUCUUCUUAAGGCCCAACAAGAACAUCAGUCUUUGCUAGAGAAAUUAUCUGCACUGGAGAAGAAGGUAAUUGUGGGUGGUGUUGAUUUGUUGGCAAAAGCUGAGGAACAAGAGAAACUUCUUGAAGAAUCUAAUAUGGAACUGGAAGAACGGAGGAAAAGAGCAGAGCAACUUCGCAGAGAACUUGAGGAAAAAGAGCAAGAACGCUUGGAUAUUGAAGAAAAAUAUACCAGCUUGCAAGAGGAAGCACAGGGAAAAACCAAGAAAUUAAAGAAAGUUUGGACUAUGCUGAUGGCUGCCAAAUCAGAGAUGGCUGAUCUCCAACAGGAGCACCAGAGGGAAAUUGAAGGCCUACUGGAGAAUAUUCGACAGCUUAGCCGGGAGCUCCGGCUUCAGAUGCUUAUCAUUGAUAACUUCAUACCUCAAGAUUAUCAGGAAAUGAUUGAAAACUAUGUCCAUUGGAAUGAAGACAUAGGAGAAUGGCAGCUAAAAUGUGUUGCCUACACAGGAAAUAACAUGAGGAAGCAGACUCCAGCUCCUGAUAAAAAAGAGAAAGAUCCCUUUGAAGUGGACAUUUCCCACGUGUAUCUUGCCUACACUGAGGAGAGCCUCCGGCAGUCCUUGAUGAAAUUAGAGAGGCCACGGACUUCGAAGGGGAAAGCAAGGCCUAAGACAGGGCGAAGGAAAGCAUUCAUGUUUUCUUUUUCUUUCCUCCAAACAGAAAGCGUUCUGCAAAGCCUGAAACUGUAAUUGACUCUUUACUUCAGUAAAUGUUACAGACUUAAAGUCACAAUAAAAAUUAGUGAUAUUCUCAUGCCUGGACAAAAUCUUUACUUAAAACACUGAAGACUAUUCUGUAAUUUCAAAUAACGGAAGCUGUAAGUCAUGGAGUAAGACUGGAACUAAUGAAUUGCCUAGUAAGUCUUAGUCAAUAUAAAUAUUAAUGUCAUUAAAAUUGUACAACUGGUAAUUCUUCAAAUUGUCAUAUUAUGCUCCAGUUGAUACUGUGCAGGGAAGUUGGAGGAGCAGCUCUUACUAUAGAGAGUUGCAGUUUAAAUGUAUACGUAAAUCUGCUAGUGAUUUAUUCAACUGCUGUAAUGAUUAGGUAACUAGAUAGUCAAAAUAGAAGAAAAACGUAAGUCCUGUUUUUGCACACAGAAAGUAGCAGAUCUCAUUGUCCUGUGUUGUGCUGUCAUAUAUGAAUGUGUGGGCUGCAUAUCUAAGACAUUAUUCGAUCCUAACACCCGCGUGGCCUGUUUAAAAAUGUUCUAAUUUUUACACUAACAUUCAUUGUGUUUUAAGUAUAAGAUAACUCAUCUUACUGAUCUUGAGAAAAUUUUAUAAUUCAACAGUCUUUAGAAGUAUACAUGUUUAAAAUACAAAAGUUGGAAAUACGUU